AUGGAAAAUAAAAAGUUGAACUUUGCAAUCGCUAAAUACCUCAAAAGCGCACAAGCUGGGUUAAGCGGCGAGAAGCAGGAAUCACUCAGCGUUGCAAUUGAGUCGUUGGAGGAUGUCUUCGAGGUGGAUGACACGCAGGCAGGUGCUUUGGAUAGCCCAGUGGAUUUGGCAGCCUUGUUCAAGAGUGCGCAAGUCGCUGAGAAGCCACAAGCAGCAGCUGGGCCAGCUAACCAAUCAGAGCCAUCCGCUCAAGACAUGGCCAAAGCAGACACACUCAAGGCUCAAGGCAAUGCCCUCAUGUCUGCGCAGAAGUACCAAGAAGCUGUAGACGCUUACACCCAAGCUAUAGCCCUGCACUCCACCAACAAGAUUCUCUAUUCCAACAGAGCAGCUGCGUACUCGCAGGCUGGUGACCAAGACGCAUCCAUCGCAGACGCUAAGAAGGCACUCGAAAUUGACCCGGCUUUCGCCAGAGCGUACUCGAGAUUAGGUCACGCGUACUUCAACGCUAAGCAGUACGAUAAUGCCGUCAGCGCAUAUGAGGAUGGUCUCAAGUAUGAUACCGACAAUCAGACCAUGAAGUCUAGCCUCAUCACCGCUAGAUCCAAGGUAGGCGGCUCUGUUCAACAGAGAGAAUCUCAGGAUGCCGGCGCAGGUGCUGGUGCUGGUGCUGGUGCUGGCGGUGGUGGUAUGCCUGAUCUCUCAGCUCUCGCAGGCAUGUUUGGCGGCGCUGGCGGUGGUGCUGGCGGCGGCGGCGGCGGCGGUAUGCCUGAUAUCGGUGCUUUACUCAAUAACCCAAUGAUGCGCCAGAUGGCUCAAUCGAUGAUGUCCAACGGCGGUAUGGAGAGACUUAUGUCUAACCCUGGUCUCAGGAACAUGGCGGAGAACAUGAGAAGUGGUGGACAGAUGCCAUCCAUCGAGGAGUUGGCAGGUAACCCCGAACUCAGAGGUCUCGCUGAGUCUUUCGGUGCUGGUGGUGCUGGUGGUGCUGGCCAAGGCAAUCCUCCACCAGGCAAUGCUUAA